UACGAGUUCCCGGCGAUUGUUGCCGCUCGGACGGAGGGCGUGGGUUGCGUGUUUGGUUAACGUGUUGUCCGAGUGGAGAUGGCUUCGUUGGGGCUGCGUAUGGGUUGUGCAUUUCGGGUUAUUACCCCGUUAUGUUUAAAGCGUGUUCAAAACAGCUUAACUCACCAUAACUUCCACUGUUCCGCGCGAAGGCACCUCUCCGUUUCAUCCCGUCGUCUAGCUGAGCUCAAGUACACGGAGCAGCACGAGUGGGUGCGCAUGGAGGGCGGUGUCGGCACCGUCGGCAUCACCGCCAAAGCCGCCGAGUCUAUGGGUGACUUGGUGUACGUGGAGAUAGCCGAGCCGGGACAGGAGGUGGAUCAGGGCGACGAGUGCGGAUCGGUGGAGAGCGUCAAGGCUGUGAGCGACAUCUACGCGCCCGUCUCGGGCAAGCUGGUGGAACGGAACGCCGAUCUGACCGAGACGCCCGACCUGGUCAACAAGGACCCGUACGGCGAGAAAGGCUGGCUGUUCAAGAUAGAGCUGUCCAAGCCGUCAGAGCUGGAGUCGUUGAUGACGGAAGAGCAGUACAACGUCUUCAUCAGCGAGGAGUGACGACUGCGCCCACACCCGGCCACCUGCCCGCCCGACCCGCCGCUGGCCUGUCCGCCUGACCCGCCGCCGGCCUGCCUGCCUGACCGGCCGCCGGCCUGCCUG